UAUUUUUUUGGGACUAUAUCUAUUUCAACAACUUACAUUUCACCAAGAAAUUCAAAACUUCCAACUUCAGUUUCAGGAAUCUGGGAUGCGAUUACAGGAGGUUCGGGUUCUUCACGUGAAGCCCUGGUCGCUAUUCGACGUGGAAUGGUCCUCUUCCGUCAGUCAGAAGAGGUCUAGUGGUGACACAUGUUUGAUGCGCUUAUAUUAUGGUCGGUGUAUCGAGGUGCAAAAAGAGGGUGAUGUAGCUGGAUCUGUAAGAGAGUUUGAUAACGCAAUCAAGCUUGAUCCUCGUCAAAAGGCAUAUCUUUGGCAGAGGGGGCUCUCACUGUAUUACCUAGAUAGGUUUGAAGAAGGAGCAGAGCAAUUUCGGAUAGAUGUAGCUCAGAAUCCGAACGACACUGAAGAGUCAAUCUGGUGUUUUCUUUGUGAAGCUCAACAAUAUGGAGCUUCUGAAGCUAGAAAACGAUUUCUUGAGGUUGGAAGAGAUCCUAGACCGGUAAUGAGAGAAGCUUAUAACAUGUUCAAAGAUGGCGGUGAUCCUGAAAAGCUUGUUUCUAUGUUUACUCAAGGACGAGAAAGCGACUAUUUUUAUGCUUCCUUAUACGCUGGCCUUUAUUAUGAAUCUCAGAAUGAAGCGGAAAAGGCAAAAGUUCACUUGGUCAAUUCAUGUAAAUCGCCUUAUGGGGAAAGGUCUGAUGAUUAUAUGGCUUCUCUUGCCAAGGUUCAUUGCAUAUGUCGAAAUUGGGAACUGUCAUAGAUUCAUAACUCUGUAAUCUCAAGGAAACUACGUGAAAUACAUACAUAUGAAAAGCGUAAAAUAAUAUUAUGAACUAGAAAAGGUGUAAGAGAACUUUGAAGAUUUUUAUUUUGGAGUAGCUACAGAAUGAAUUUGGUGAGACGAGGGACCAUUAUUAUGAAAAAAGAUACAAACAGCUGACAUAUCAUCUGCUGCAAUUGUUUUCC